AUGGCAGAGUUGGUUAAGAAGGAUGCCGAAGCACCUCUAUGUUACCAAGGGAACUCUGCCCUAUCCUCUUAUUCUUGGGUCAGCAAGAAUUUAAGUCGUUCAUUUCCGUCCAGUGAAGUAAGGAAUAGUCCUGUGAAGUGGGCGGACUGGAUUGACAAACUUCUUCCCAAGUUUGGAGCUCACUGGAGGCGGGCAGGAAUUUAUGAUGCGAUUCUUCUGUCUAAGCAAUCCAUCAACCGGGAUGAGAACCUGCUUGCUGCUGCCCUAUGUUUCUGGAAUUCUGCCAGCAACACGUUUGAUUUCUGUGUGGGUCCAAUGGCGCCAACUCUGCUGGACAUGGCUCAGAUAUUUGGGUUUAGGCCCCAUGGACGACCUGUGGAUGCUGUUGGAGACUAUCAUCGUAGGAGGAACCAGGAGAAACUAGCCAAGCCUUUCACUGUCUCUCCUGCUACUAUCAAUCAGAACUGCUCCUUUUCUGUUUUUCUGAGGAAAUUCAGUGUGGAGAAGGACAAGGAUCAGCAGCAUAUGCUAUUCCUUCUGUAUUGGCUGAACAGAUUUGUGUUCCCCAAUCGUUCUUCUGCUGUUCUGCUUGAGUAUAGGCAUUUGGCAGAAGCUUUACACAACCAUACCGACGUUGGACUUGGGCCGUCAGUUCUGGCUCACCUUUUCAAGAACCUGCAUACUGCCACAAUGGAGAAUCCCCUGAAUUUAUCUGCUCCUGGCUCGUUUUGGAUGAUCCAGGCUGUUCUGGCAUUCUUAUGUUUUGCUGAACUGGCCUGA